AUGCGCGUUGGCCAACAGUCCAAUUGUCUGGACCUCGUUCGCACGAAAUCGCACGACAGCAUCAACGAAGUGUCAUGUUUACCUCCGCUAGGUAAAAGUGACCACGUUGUACUGCUAUUGGCGUACUCGUUAUUCUCAAUAACCGAGAAACCCUCAACAGCCAGGAGAAAUAUUUGGCGAGGCGAUUUCGAUCAAAUGAUGGCCGAACUCACGCGCACCGAGUGGGAAUCUCUAUUUUUUGGAAAAAUAACAACGGACUGGGAAACGUUCCGGGACACACUGCACAGGCUCAUCGAAAAACAGUUUAAUUUCGCGAAAAAGGUUGACCAUCAGACCGCGAUGGCUUACACAGGCCUUAAAAAUAGAAGUGAACAAAAGCGAAAGCUGUGGAAAAAACAUUUACGGACAGGACUCCUGCAUCUAAGUGCGUGCAAACCUCAGAGAAAUCGGGUCAAGGGUCUUAUUCUUAAAACUAGUCGAGAUUUCGAAGCAGACCUGCUAAACCCAGCCAUAGUGAUCUCCAAACUGUCUUACAGUUACCUCAGGCAGCGUACCAAAAACAGGGAUCCGAUACCCCUGCUGACGACCGCUGAGGGUAGAGAUCUGAUAGAAGAUGAAGCAAAAGCUGAUCAUCUUUCGGAAUUUUUCCGGUCAGUUUACACAAAGGAAACGGCAUAUGAUUACCUUACCGAUGGCACCGACGUGGAUGCAAUAGUUGAGACUGUCCAAAUUACCCGAGGCUGUUGA